AUGCCACCACCUUUGCCGCUAAGAGUCAAUGAUACUUCCACAGGUAGGAAUGAUCAGCUUCCACCUUACUAUUCAAGUCAGGAACGAAACAACGCACCAGACUUGCAUCAACAGCAGAGACAUGAUUUUCAUCAGUUUCAGAACGGCUCUUAUCCUCGGGCCCCUUCUAAUUUCCAAUCUCAGGGACAGAGUUUUCAACCACAAUACAUUGAGCAAAAUCCAGACCAUUUCAAACAACAAACCCCAGGCCCAAUUGGCGCUUCAUUCAUGAUUGACGGGAAACCCUAUCAAGCUUCAAUGCAAACAACCACAAUAGAUGGCGUGCAGAAUCAAUUCGUUACUCUUAGGCAACCUGAUGGAACAGUAAAUUUCGUCAACAUGACAACACUGAAUGUUGUAGGUGCAUUGGGCAACACUUUGAAUAUGUCAUUUCAGGGAAUGAACAUUAAAGGUAACAGUAUUGAAAGUGGCAGCUUCAAUACAAGCACUACCACGGCGUAUCCUCAAUUUCAUCCAGGUGAUGGGUACAAUGGUCCAAUUUCUAUUCCUGGCUCGGUGGUGUCCCAGAUGUCAGGAGUAUCCAAUGUUAAUGGUGUAAUGCAAGGUGGCUCGACUGCCUUUGUAAAUGGCUUUCCGGUUCACGCUAUGAAUAUGGAGACUCAACCCAACUACCUGGCGAUGUGGAAUGGAGAGGAUUAUUCAUACGAUGCUUCUAGGGAAAAUCAAAGAAGUUCUUUGAGGAAAACUAUUAAGAGGUUAUUCAGGUAG